CUAGAGCAGGAGAAAAAAGUAUUACUAAUGUUUCACAAUCUUCGGUCUGCGAAGCAGGAUACUCUGUAUCUAAUAUCAUCUCUUCCGAAAUGGAAAAUUCUAAUGAUACUCCUAUAUCCGAUAUAACCGAUAAUGCUUCAAAUUCUAACGAUGUUCAUGAACAAAUUGUCACACAGAAUGAGGAUGCUGAAGCAUCUGAUAAUGUUUCAAAUUCUGGC